CGAAACACUAGCUCUUGCAGUCGUUGUGGCUAGUGUCGAACUCUGAAAUCAGUUGUCACAUCGCUGAGUUUUACAUUACUAGUGUAGUACUUGUCUGCUUAUUGCACCAAGUCCACGCACCGGAACCUUUGUCAAAAAGCCAUAAUCCCAUUCACCAUUCCAACCCAUCACCGCAGACUUUCCAAAGCAUGUCCUCCAAUAAAGGUGGCCCAAAUCCCUAUAAUAACGGCGCUCCUCCCAAAUACCUCAACGAUUUUAGUAAAGCCCUUGCGAGCGAGGUUCGCAUCUUACUGGCAGAGGUAGGAAAGCUUAGGGAUGAGCGCAGGCAGCUUCAAUUCGAAAUUGCCGAGCUUAUGGCCGUUAAAUCCAAACAUGGAGCAGGAGGUGAAUAUUCUCCUGAUUGGAGGCCACCGCCUCAGGAGCCGCCUCCGCCUCCACCUCCUGCAGCUUCCCCACCUCCAGAAGAAGGCUUAAGCGGCCCCGCCCGCCCAGCCUGGAGAGUCGUUCACAAACCACAAAGACGGGAAAAACCAGCUCCCAAGAGUCUUCCUGCUCCGACUCCCGUUCCUGCGAUCGAACCUCCAAAGCCAAAUCUGCCUGCAUGGGCACAAUGGAGGCCAAAUCCUGCACACGUACCGGCACCGAUGCCUGCGCCUGUUUCCCCAAGGCCUGUGACACCAGCUGCACGUCCCGGUCUCUUCGGUCCACCAACUCCCCCACCGAAGUAGAAGAAACAUUAUAGAUUCCAUCCGAAUCGAUAUCAACCAAUGUUUAUAUCCUCCAUCUACUGUUGUUUCAUCAUCUUGAACGCCCUUG